AUGACAGAGACUCGCGAUGUUCAGAGAGAGUCUCCGGCAGCCAGAGUGGAAGAUCAACUGACUUCCACCGGCGGGUCUACGUGCGAUUCAACCGCUAGCCAGCCAAGCUCGCAGCUGCAGUCGAGCUUCUUCUCCGCCCUCCCGCUAGAAAUCCGCCAGAGCAUUUACCGUCAUCUCUGGUUGGCCACCGGAUCGACCCAACACGUGUACCAGUCCGGCGCGUCCUUGUUGGCGCCUCUCUCCCACUGCCGAUGCAUCGCGGACCUGGACGCCGAGGAUACCCGAGAGGUCGAGCUCGCGCGCAUAUUGAACACCCCACCGGGUGACUCGGCCACGGUCGAGGGCGGCGUAGGUCCGGGGUCGACGGAGGAAAGAGACGCCAUUAUGGAAUGGCGGUAUCGCGUCGUAUCGAUGUGGUGCAGCCACUGGCCAUGCGAGGAAGAGCCGCCUGUCCUGCGCGCGGUUGAUACCGACGCCUUGAAGGACGGAAGCGAAGGGAAGGAGAUCGUGCCGCUGAAGGAUCGGGAGAGCCAGCACCGGCUCUUCGUCAAAGAGUUCAGCCCAUUCCUGGCAACCCUCCUCGCCUGCAAACGCAUGCAUGGAGAGGCAGUCGAUUCCAUCUACGACGCCACCACAUUCUCCUUCGUCGGCACGGAUGCCCUCUCGCGCUUCCUCAACACCACGGCGCCUGACUCUCUCGUUCGCAUCACCAAGCUGCAUCUGACAUGGCGAGCCCCGAUAGCGACCUACAUGAAUCUCGACUCGGAAGAGAGCUUCACAGAAAUGGCCAGGUGGGAGAAGAUGUGGGCCGAGGUGGCCCUCAAGAUCCCUCGCCUCAAAGAGCUCCGGAUCUGGGCGUACCCAUGCUACGCCCGGUACCCGAUGCCCCAUGAAGAGUGGUUGAGGGCACUCCACCAGUUCGGGAACGUGCCCAAGUUCGACGUCUCCUUCAGGUGGUUCCAGAAUCCUCCAACGCCGGAUACCGGCCCCCUGGACUUUUUGGACGACGCGCCAUUCGAAUACGAUAGGAUACCCCCGGUGCAGGAUAACCCUCUUCACUUCCACUGGCGGCGGUUGAUCGGCCUGCCCCCGGAUGAGCCGCGUCACCCCGUGAGCCGACGACAGAAGAAGCGGCGAUAUCUCGGGAGGGCGCUGUAG